AUGGAUCCACCCAAUAUGGGAGCCUUGCACCUUUCCGACUCUGAUUCCGACGCCCUCUUCGACACCCCUGCCGCGCGUGAGAACAAGAAGAACACGCAGGAUGCAGACACAAAGGCAGCAGAAGCUGCAACAGGCGCAAAGACACGUGCAAAAGAGUCGCACUACACAGCAGAAGAAGCACGCGAAGUGGCACUGCGCAGAGAGCUCGAGAGCAUACGCAAUGUCAACAAGGUCAUAGAAGGCGUGGUGGAGAGCCUGCAAAAAGCAAAAGAUAACAUGGCUACUGUCUCUCGCACUGUCCAAAACGCGUCCACACUAUUACAGACAUGGACGCGCAUCCUCUCGCAGACAGAACAUAACCAGAGGUUGAUCCUGAACCCACAGUGGCAGGGCGCUUCGCAGGAUCUUGCCGACAUCGAGGAAGAGGAGUCGCACCGCCAACAAGCUGUACAGCGUCGUGCGGCGGAAGAACAGGCUAGGAGGGAUGCUGCUGCUAGGCAAGCCGAGGAAGAGCGUCGAAAGGCUGAAGCCGCGCCCAAGACUGGUACAAGAGGCAGGGGGAGGGGCACACGGCCACGAGGUGCAUCGACAUCAGCCAGUGGAAACUAUGUCGGGGUCGGUGGGCAGGCUGGACGAGGUGUCAGUCGUGGUGACUCGACAAAAGGCCGUGCUGGCAGUGGGAUUGGGCGUGGCCUGCCGCGUGGGAGAGGCAGGGGAACGAGCUGA